AUGCAUGCCACUCUGUGUUUUCAACUGAUUUGCGCCCUCGGGUUCAUUCAGCUUGCUGCCGGAAAUGUCGAAAAGACAAUCUUCAUAGCACCCCCGCCAUCGACAAUACCCGCUGAGGAUACUGCCAUUGAUGAUCUGGGCCUCGACCGUCUGUCCCCGACAGAGUCCAUGCUCAGGACCAGCUUGAAUGCAUCGUUCCCGACAGAUGCUGAGCCUUAUGGAUCGGAGUCAUGGUUCUAUCUAGAAGAUCUCAAUCCUGGCCAGCGGUAUGAGGUGCGGAUAUGCUGGUUGGCAACUCAACCCACAUCCUUCAUACUCACUACAUACUCACUACAAGAAAUUGUAUCCGACCCGUCUCUCCUCCCUGCCCUUCUCAAAUUCUCAAAUGCUCGUCUCACGGGGCCAUGGCCACCUUCAUCCAAGUCCGAUGGCGCAUCAUCCCUCAAGCCGCCAAAAGUGCGACUCCACAACCAUCAUCAUCAUCACAACUCGUUUCUCAGAAAACAGGAGGAGAACAAUAACAACCCGCUAGCUGCCCUAGCCUCUCCACCAGCCGACUGCAUCCUUUUCUUGCGCAUAUACGCUGCCGCCGAUUAUUUCACGACCAAUACGACGUUAAUGAACCAUGUGCCACCUGUUGUGGCCGAUAUCAUUUUGGAUCCUUUUUUAUUCAAUGUUUUCCCGAGAUCGCUGGUGCCUACAGCUCUGUAUAUUACAGUUAUCGCGGUAAUCGCUUACUUCGUUGGCGGCUUUCUUGCAAAGUCUCUGGCUGGCAUUGUUGCGACGGCGCUUGGGGGAGAAAGUAACACCGGUGCUGGUCAUGACUCAGACAACAACAACAACAACAACAACAACAACAACAACCAUGUCGGCGAUUUAACAAAGGAAAAGAAAAUAGUUGUAGAGACUAGAAAGAAAAGAUAA